CCGGCUGGGCGCCGCGGGCAGCAUGGGGCUCCCCGCGCUGGAGUUCAGCGACUGCUGCCUCGACAGCCCGCACUUCCGAGAGACCCUCAAGUCGCACGAAGCGGAGCUGGACAAGACCAAUAAAUUCAUCAAGGAGCUCAUCAAGGACGGGAAGUCACUCAUCGUCGCGCUCAAGAAUUUGUCUUCAGCAAAGCGCAAGUUUGCAGAUUCCUUAAACGAAUUUAAAUUUCAGUGCAUUGGAGAUGCGGAGACGGAUGACGAGAUGUGUAUAGCAAGGUCUUUACAGGAGUUUGCCACUGUCCUCAGGAAUCUUGAAGAUGAACGGAUACGGAUGAUUGAGAAUGCCAGCGAGGUACUCAUCACUCCUUUGGAGAAGUUUCGAAAGGAGCAGAUUGGGGCUGCCAAGGAAGCCAGAAAGAAGUAUGACAAAGAGACAGAAAAGUAUUGUGGCAUCUUAGAAAAACACUUGAAUUUGUCUUCUAAAAAGAAGGAAUCUCAGCUUCAGGAGGCAGACAGCCAGGUAGACCUGGUCCGGCAGCACUUCUACGAAGUGUCCCUGGAGUACGUGUUCAAGGUGCAGGAAGUGCAGGAGAGGAAGAUGUUUGAGUUCGUGGAGCCGCUGCUGGCCUUCCUGCAAGGACUCUUUACCUUCUAUCACCAUGGUUAUGAACUGGCUAAGGAUUUUGGGGACUUCAAGACACAGCUGACCAUUAGCAUACAGAACACAAGAAACCGCUUUGAAGGCACCAGGUCAGAAGUGGAAUCCCUGAUGAAGAAGAUGAAGGAGAACCCCCUGGAGCACAAGACCAUCAGCCCAUACACCAUGGAAGGGUACCUCUACGUUCAGGAGAAACGUCACUUUGGAACUUCUUGGGUGAAGCACUACUGUACCUAUCAGCGAGAUUCCAAGCAGAUCAUCAUGGUACCAUUUGACCAGAAGUCAGGAGGAAAGGGGGGAGAAGAUGAAUCAGUCACCCUCAAAUCCUGCACACGGCGGAAGACAGAUUCUAUUGAGAAGAGGUUUUGCUUUGAUGUAGAAGCAGUGGACAGGCCAGGGGUUAUCACUAUGCAGGCCUUGUCAGAAGAGGACCGGAGGCUCUGGAUGGAAGCCAUGGAUGGCCGGGAACCUGUCUACAACUCGAACAAAGACAAUCAGAAUGAAGGGACUGCGCAGUUGGACAGCAUUGGCUUCAGCAUUAUCAGGAAGUGCAUCCAUGCUGUGGAAACCAGAGGGAUCAACGAACAAGGACUCUACCGAAUUGUAGGGGUCAAUUCCAGAGUGCAAAAGUUGCUGAGUGUUCUGAUGGGGAAGAUACUUAGUGGGACACACCCAGUGCCCAAAGCAGGGCACCAUUCUUUCCUGCAGAGGACCUCAGAGGACAUGUUGCUGUUACUGAACAUGUCACGCCUGGUGGCCUUGUUUCUGAGUGACAGAGCUACAAGGUGGCCAGCAUCACAGGGAAGGGCACAGUGGGCCCUCCUGUGCUACUGGAGAACCUGUCUACUGAGGCCGCUCUGUUCCGGCCUUUGUGUAAGACACCAGUCCCGCUUCUCCCUCCACUUUCUGCCUCUCGGGAUUGGGGCUUCCUCCUGCGUUGCUAACAACCACAAGCAGAAUUUGAUGACCGUGGCAAACCUUGGCGUGGUGUUUGGACCCACCUUGCUGAGGCCUCAGGAAGAAACAGUGGCGGCCAUCAUGGAUAUCAAAUUUCAGAACAUCGUCAUUGAGAUCCUGAUAGAGAACCAUGAAAAGAUAUUUAACACCGUGCCUGAUGUGCCGCUCACCAAUGCCCAGGUGCACCUGUUGCGGAAGAAGAGCAGUGACACCAAGCCCCCGUCCUGCAGCGAGAGGCCCCUGACGCUCUUCCACGCCAUGCAGUCCGCAGAGAAACAGGAACAGAGGAACAGCAUUAUCAACUCCAGUCUGGAAUCUGUCUCAUCAAAUGCAAACAGCAUCCUUAAUUCCAGCAGCAGCUUACAGCCUAAUAUGAACUCCAGUGAUCCAGACCUGGAUGUGGUCAAACCCACCCGGCCCAACUCACUCCCCCCGAAUCCAAGCCCAACUUCACCCCUCUCGCCAUCUUGGCCCAUGUUCUCGGCACCAUCCAGCCCUAUGCCCACCUCAUCCACGUCCAGCGACUCAUCCCCCGUCAGGCCAGAAGAAGCUGUUCGUGGAGAUUCCAGCACGCCGUUCCGGAAGGCAAAGGCCUUGUACGCCUGCAAAGCUGAGCAUGACUCGGAACUGUCAUUCACAGCAGGCACAGUCUUUGACAAUGUUCAUCCAUCCCAGGAACCUGGCUGGUUGGAGGGAACUCUGAAUGGAAAGACUGGCCUCAUCCCUGAGAACUACGUGGAGUUUCUCUAACCAUGGGCCCCAGCAGAACUGCUGAGCGUUACAUGGUAUCCAUGACAACUGCUGAUUUCAGUGUUGUAGCUAUUUCUUGUUGCCGCUGAGAAGUGCAAGGAGACUGACUCUUGCUACCUGUCAACAUGAAUGUUUCUGGGAACUCACAUCACCCACCUCCAUGAUCAUCUCAGCUGAUGUGUGGCAAUACUGCAAGCAGCAGAAAUCAAUCAGGAAAGGAGGCCAUUCCAUUUUGAUGAUCUAGAGAAAGGCUUGCAAGGCGUUCUCAUGAGCAUCCUAAAUAGGGAAUGCUGAAUUUGUUUCAAUAGUCAUCCAAACUCCCAACCUUCUGAAAAAGAAAGUAAGAUAUAAGUUGUCCCCAAGAGCACACAGUGUAGCUAAGUUUGACAGGGCAGGGCAAAGAGAAUGUCAGAGAGAUCUAGGCUGGCUCCAAUGCUUUUGUUUACAGCCGACACUCUGUGCCCGCUUCUCCUAACGGAGACCCACACCACAGUGGACAGCUGGGUCUGUCUGUCUGCAGGCCGGAUGCUUACAUAAGAUCCAAUUUUUCACCAUCUCUAAAACAGCCAUUGGCCCAUCAUCAGCAAAAUUCCAUCCAGCCUUUCGUGCAAAGGAGCAAACACACCCCACAUCCUCCCCUUCUCAGCUAGAAACUUCUCUGCCUCUGAGGGCUGCUGUUGCCUAGUAACUGUGGCAACCCAACUUACUCUAAAACCAAACCAAAAAAAAAUACCACAUUUUCUUUGUGCGGCACACUUCCCCUAUCCCUGCCCUUGUUGGUAGUUUUGUGAAUGUUCUUCCACCAACUUAAAGCAGAGGAUCAAGAUUAGAGUGGGCUACUUGGGGCAGACAGAACCAUUCACUUUCUGAAUUUCAGCAGCACCAGGAUAUAUUUGGAGCAAACUCUAGUAACGCUUUGAGAUUAAAUUACACACAGGCUUAGUAUUUCUGUUGUCUACACAACUGGCGUUUGCUUUUGAGGGGGCAAGAUGGCACCUCCCAGUGGGUAACACCAGCUGACUGGUUCCCUCACGUCUUCCUUUUCACUCAUCCCUGCCCCUGCCCAUCAUUGACCAGCCCUUUGGCAGUGCUCUGGGCUGCUGAGCACUGGUGACCUUGAUUUUCAGGGAUGACUCUGGGGUUUCCCUAUAGUUUAUAGUUUAAAGGGUAUCUGCAUUCACUGCCACCCAGAAAAAGGCCAUGUCAGGCUUUUGAGGCAUGAAACUAAUACAAUAGGCUUUAUGACUCAGGGAGACAGCAAAAGGUUGGGGUAUGGAGACGGGGUUAAUACCUUCUAAUAAAGGGGAUUCCAUGGUCAUGGUGGGGCUGAGUCUUGUGAGAGCCGCCUUUUAUGGAGAUUUCCACCUGGACAGUUCAGAUUCACUCGGCCUCCAAAGAACAGAGCGACCAUCUUUCCCACACACGGAUGUCUGCAAGAGGGACUCCGGAUGGACAAACUGUGAACUGUCAAAGUUCCCCAGGAGCUCCUCAGAUAGCAGCAUCACUCCGGAGAGCUUUUCCUGUUUCUGGGAUUCCAUUAGGGACCUUUAAUGAAGAAGAAAAGGAAAAACUUGAAUUGUGUUGAAUUACUGUAUCUUUUAUUUUCUUUUGAAGAUAAACUUGUAAAUAGAGUAAUUUGAAAUACUAUAUGGCAAAGUUUUAUAUUUGAUAUUCUUUAAGCUAGUUGCUCCACACAUUUAGGCUUUGAUUGCUGGACCGUGUACGUUAAGAGAAGGAGAAGGCCGGGUCGAAGAGCCAAGGUCGUGGUCCCCUCUCUGGGCUGGUGGAAGAAAACAACCCUGUGUUCUCAUGGUGGACUCCCACUGGUGGGUGUGACUGAUCGGUGGUGUGCGGUCUUCUCUGUGUACUUGUGUUAUUAAGAAUUCCUCGAGCUUUGAAUUUAGAGAUAGAACCUCUUCAGGCAAUAAGUGUUACAAAGAACACUUACUUAGCAGGUAAGAUGAAGCUCAGGAUUUAAAUAAGUGGGGCCAGAGGUGACUUUUCUUGUUAAGUUUUUCUUCUCAGGUGUUUUUCUUGGCGCCCCAAGAUAUCAGGACCGAAGGGAAUGGGACAAUUGCUGUACUCCUUAGCUCCAUCCACAUCAUCUUCCGAGGCUUUAUAAAUGAGGCCAACCUAGUUUGCAAAUUUUAUGUGUGUCUAUAAGUUCUAAAAAAAAAUCCACGGCUUUGGAUUUUUAGUUUUUGAUGUACUGUACUGCUACUUCCCUUUCAGUAAAUGUGUUCCUGCCCUUGCCUUUCAACUCCAGAUUCCCUAUGACCCCCCAAAAAAAGAAAAAAGAUCCUAAGAUGGAUACAGAUUAUACCAUUGCAUUUUUAAAGAUGGCUUUAAAGUUAACACAUUUUGUCCUUGUGAUUCACAAUUCAGUUAUCAUUUCAAAGAUCAAAAAGUAUCUGUUAUCCAAAAACUCACCCAGGAACAAGCAAGACACUACUAUUGAAUCAGGGGACAAGAAUUAAGUGUGGAUGGGAUCAUGACAGGACUCAAGAAUACUAUCAAUGAAAACCUAAGGAAAAAAAAAUGAAUGGAUUAAUAGGUGCCAGACCUGUUUCCCUUGGAGUUGGGAGUGAGGAGGAAGUGGGAAACGGGGCUGAGGAG